AUGGGUGAAUAUUGUAUCUACAAGCUUCCUGAUCCCCUUCGCAAAUUGAACGAAGAAGCCCACAAUCCUCAGGUUAUUUCAAUAGGGCCUUUUCACUAUGGCAACAAAAAAUUGAAAAUCAUGGAAAAGCAUAAAGCGAGCUAUCUUGAGGCAUUCAUUAAACGGGCCAAGAUAAAUAUAUGCAAGGAGGAUUUAGAACACGCUGUAAAAGGUUUUGAAAAAAGUGUUCGUCACUGUUAUGCAGAGACUAUUGAUCAUCUUAAUAGUGAUGAUUUUGUGACAAUGAUCCUGACGGAUGCAAGCUUCAUAAUUGAGCUUUUUAUCAGAAAUAUGUUUGGCCACUGGAGUUCUGACGACAAGAUAAAAUUAAAGCCAUGGUUGGCUGCUAGAAUGCAGCUAGACUUUAUUUUACUUGAAAAUCAACUUCAUUUCUUUAUUAUUGACAAAUUAUUUGACCUUGCAUUUCCAUCUGGGUCAGGACUCCCUUCGUUCGUUGAGCUUACCUUUGAGUACUUUUCUUCUUACAACAGACAAAAAAUGUCUCCCUGUCCUAAAUCGGAAAUAUUCCAUUUUGCUGAUUUGCUUAGAAAAUUUUACCUGCCUCCUUGCCUACCAUACAGAGAGCCUAAAAUAAUUGAACAUAUGUACACUGCAACCCAGCUGGUUGAGGUAGGAUUGAAGUUUGAGGCGGAUCGUUCAAGCAAUUGUUUACUUGCCCUUGACUACAAGAAGGGAGUGUUGAAAAUCUCACGCUUUAUCUUGGAAGAUGACAUUGAGCUUUAUGUGCGAAACAUCUUAGCUUUGGAGCAAUGUCACUAUCCAAAUCAAGAAUAUGUUACUGAUUAUUUUAUCUUGUUAGAUUUCCUUCUCAACGGCGGUGAAAAAGAUUUGGGUUUACUUCGUCAGCAGGGGAUCUUGGUUAUUGGGUUUGGUAACAAGUAUAUAACUAAUUUCAUCAACAAUCUGGGCACAGGUAUGAUUAAUUCAACCAUGAACUCCAAGUAUUAUGAUAUUUGUAUCAAAUUGAGAAAGUUCUACGAGGAGCCUGGUUGGCUGGAAUAUAUACAUGCAUGA